CGCCCCCAGUGCACAGCGUCCGGGGGCUUCACUGUGGGUGUUUCACUGACCGGCAGCUCCGCCACCGCGGACCCGCCCUCUGCCGUCCCCAACUGAGCCUUUGUCGGGUCCGGGCUGCUCUGCGAGGCGGCGGCCAGAGAGGGAACCAUGGGGACAGUGCACGCCCGGAGUUUGGAGCCUCUUCCAGCCAAUGGACCUGAUUUCGGAGCAUUAGGGGAAGAAGCUGAAUUCGUUGAAGUUGAACCUGAAGCUAAACAAGAAAUUCUUGAAAACAAAGAUGUGGUGGUUCAGCACGUUCAUUUUGAUGGACUUGGAAGAACUAAAGAUGAUAUCAUCAUGUAUGAAAUUGGAGACGUCUUUAAGGCUAAAAACCUUAUUGAGGUAAUGCGGAAAUCUCAUGAAGCCCGUGAAAAAUUGCUUCGUCUAGGAAUAUUUAGACAAGUGGAUGUUUUGAUUGAUACAUGUCAAGGUGAUGACGCACUUCCAAACGGGUUAGACGUGACCUUCGAAGUAACUGAAUUAAGGAGGUUGACGGGCAGUUACAACACCAUGGUUGGGAACAACGAAGGCAGCAUGGUACUUGGCCUCAAACUCCCUAAUCUUCUAGGCCGUGCAGAAAAGGUGACUUUUCAGUUUUCCUAUGGAACAAAAGAAACCUCGUAUGGCCUGUCCUUCUUCAAACCACAGCCCGGAAACUUCGACAGAAAUUUCUCCGUGAACCUGUACAAAGUCACUGGGCAGUUUCCCUGGAGCUCGCUGCGGGAGACAGACAGAGGAGUAUCGGCCGAGUGCAGUUUUCCCAUAUGGAAGACCAGCCACACCGUCAAGUGGGAAGGCGUGUGGCGGGAAUUGGGCUGCCUCUCGAGGACUGCGUCUUUUGCUGUCCGAAAAGAAAGUGGGCACUCGCUGAAAUCGUCUCUUUCGCACGCAAUGGUCAUCGACUCCCGGAACUCUUCUAUCUUACCGAGAAGGGGUGCUCUGCUGAAGGUUAACCAGGAACUGGCAGGCUACACCGGCGGGGACGUGAACUUCAUAAAAGAAGAUUUUGAGCUUCAGUUGAACAAACAACUCAUAUUCGAUUCAGUUUUCUCAGCUUCUCUCUGGGGUGGAAUGUUGGUCCCGAUUGGUGAUAAACCGUCGAGUAUUGCUGAUAGGUUUUACCUCGGGGGACCGACAAGCGUGCGCGGGUUCAGCAUGCACAGCGUUGGGCCACAGAGUGAAGGAGACUACCUGGGUGGAGAAGCGUACUGGGCCGGCGGCCUACACCUUUACACCCCGUUACCUUUCCGGCCAGGCCAGGGUGGCUUUGGAGAACUCUUCAGAACACACUUUUUUCUCAAUGCAGGAAACCUCUGCAACCUCAACUAUGGGGAUGGCCCCAAAGCUCACAUUCGUAAGCUGGCUGAGUGCAUCCGCUGGUCUUACGGUGCCGGGAUCGUCCUCAGGCUUGGCAACAUCGCCCGGCUGGAGCUGAAUUACUGCGUCCCCAUGGGCGUGCAGACAGGUGACAGGAUAUGUGAUGGCGUCCAGUUUGGAGCUGGGAUAAGGUUCCUGUAGCCGGCACACAGCAUCCUGCAGACCCUCCAGGGGAAUCUCUGACCCUUGGGCCGCAGUGGUCACUCGGUGCCACACACUUUCUCUGCAGUGAGCACGUUCAGGUGACUCAUUGACUGCAGUCCUUGUGCAGCCGUGCUAAUAAAUGUUCAAGACAAACA